AUGUCACAUAUUUCAAGAUUCACGUGCAGUGUAAUUUGCGGUAUAAAUUAACUUAUAAAUUAUUAAAUUUGUUUACAUUUUUCAAAACUAAGUUUAUGUUGUUUUUACAACUUAUCAAAGAAAUAUGUCAAUAAAUUAUGGCCACUUAAGUUCUGUUAUAAUCAAACAAUGUUUCGGUGUUACCGUGCAAAAAGUCACCGACUGUUUAUUCGAUGCAAUCUCACGGAGUCUAUUGAACAUCGUCAAAUCAACUAAAUUAACACGAAGAGAGGUAACAAAUGCUUUAGCAGUUCUUAUAAAAUUUCAAUUGGUCACAUUCAAACCAUCGAAUCUAAAUCCAACGAUUGCAGAGUACUCCAUAAGGCGCGAUGAAAUUCUUUAUAUUCUACGAUAUUCAAGAUACGUCCACUUGGCUCAAACCAAAUACGGAACGAUUGGAGCAUCCAUAGUUGAGGAACUACUACAAUCUGGCAGCCAGACCGCAUCCCAUGUCAUUCUGCGAUGCUUCUCAAACACCGACAACAAGGAUAAGCUUGAAACUUAUCGUGAUUCACUCAUCACCAUGAUCGGUGAUAACUAUUUGAUUAAAUUACCGCUCCUGCAGCAGCAAGAAGGGGAGCCCGACUUGAUUCCCAAACUACACAUCGAGCCUUACGAUGUCUUUAUUCCUCCAGAAAUAGACUUGGCAGCAAUUCAGCAACUUCACUCGGGUCAAACAGUUCCACUCAAAGAUGCUGGAAUUUUUUGGCAGGUAAACUUUGCACGGUUUCAUCAAGACUUCAGAGAUACGAUUAUGGUAUCGGCGAUAGAACGCAAGCACGGCACCAGUGCUGGUGAAUGUUUCAAAUACAUCUUAAAACAGAUGUACGAAAGAACUGAUCCAUGGCAAAAGCAAUCAUCGAAUCCUUUUACGUUUGUGGAAAUAAAGCAAGCAAUAGAGAAGAAGUCGAACAACUUGGAGCUCAUGAAGUAUCUUGAUCAAUACGUGAUGUUGAUAGCCGAUGACAGUUUAGGUUUUAUAAGAAGAAUCGGUGAAAUGGGCGGAGGACAGUACAUUGUGGAGAUGGAGCAUGCAUUUCAAGAGCUUGCUCUGGCCUGUAUUGAAAAUGUCAUUACCGAACGAUUCGGUUCGAAGGCGUCGAGAAUUUUCCGAGUGAUAAAAAUGAAGAAAUUCAUUGAACAAGAAGAAAUACAAAAAGAAGCCAUGAUCCCAGCCAAAGAAGCCAAGCUUCUAGCCUAUAAUCUCUUCCAGGAACAAUUUACCCAAAUUAAAACUAUUCGCAAGGCGGGAGGUGGUGGAACUGGACCAGCUAAGGCUUUUUAUUUGUUUCAUGUCAAACAUAAACAGGUUGUUAAAAUGCUUCUUGAUAUUUGUUUCAAAGCUUUGUUCAAUGCGAUAACUCGAUCGAAUUAUGAAAAAACUGAGAACAAGAGACUUAUAGAAAAGUCACAAAAGUUGGAUAGCAUCGUUGAAACUAUGAAAGAACGAGGAGAAUCGGAGGAGUAUAUUGCGGAGAUCUUGGAAACCCUAACACCCCCAGAAAGAGAAAUUCUCGAAAAAGUUAAAGCUCGUAUAAAAACGCUCUCCAACGCAGAACUCGCACUUGACGACACAAUAUUCUUACUCCAAAUGUAUCUAUUUCAUUCAUCUGUUCUAAAAUACACAACAACAAAGACGAAAUAAAAUCUAUACAAAAAACAAAACAUUCUUUUACUAAUAUUUAUUUAUUUAAAUUUAUAAUACAUUAAAUUUAUGUAAUGUUAAACAAAAUGGAGACUGAUUUAUGGUAUUUUUGUAGCGCAUAUAUGAUUUUAUGGGUUUAAAUACACGGAAUUAAUUUUUGUUUUCUAUAAAAUGGACACAGAAAAUAACAAGAAGAAUAU